UUCAUACAUGCGUCUCCCUCACUUCGAAUUAUUUCUUUCUUCAUUUUCUCUCUUGCCAAACACGAAUUUUCUCUCUUAUCUUCCUCUUUUUCUCUCUCUCUCCAUUUUACGCCAGAAUGUGUAGAGAGAGAGUGAGGGGGGAAAGAAAAGCGGCAUUACGUUGUGGAGGAAGCAGUGUGUGAGAAAGAGCCAAUAAAUUCCUCGAUUUGUUGAUUCAAAUCUUUUUUUUUUCGGUUCCAUUGGCUUUAGUUCAGGAAUUAGCUUUUUGAAGUUUAUUAUUUUCUUUUCUUUUAAUAAAAAUUCUUGAUUCUGUCAACGAACACCAUGUGAAUGGAAGGUUGAGGACGAUUGAGGGGGAGAUUUAGCUCUUUAAAUCAAAAGUAACCAAAAACUGAGUAAAGAAAAAAAAGAACAAUGGAGCGAUUUGUCCCCCUUUGUUUAUGGUUGAUUUUAGUGUUGGAGUUGGUUUUCAGAGCUGCUGGGAAUGCAGAAGGUGAUGCUUUGAAUGCAUUGAAGACCAAUAUGGCUGACCCCAAUAACGUGUUGCAAAGUUGGGAUGCAACCCUUGUUAAUCCUUGCACAUGGUUUCAUGUUACAUGUAAUAAUGAAAAUAGUGUAACAAGAGUUGAUCUUGGGAAUGCAAAUCUAUCUGGCCAAUUGGUUGCACAGCUCGGGCAGCUUCCCAAUUUGCAGUAUUUGGAGCUUUACAGUAAUAAAAUAACUGGGACAAUCCCAGAGGAGCUUGGGAAUUUGACGAACUUGGUGAGCUUGGAUCUUUACUUGAAUAAUUUAACUGGAGGCAUUCCAACUACCCUGGGCAAGCUUACAAAACUGCGUUUCCUGCGUCUCAACAACAACACGCUGACAGGUCAAAUUCCUCGGGUCUUAACUGCUAUCAAUUCACUGCAAGUUCUGGAUCUUUCAAACAAUCGGCUAGAAGGAGAUAUUCCAGUUACUGGUUCCUUUUCGCUAUUCACUCCUAUCAGUUUUAAUAAUAAUCUACUCAGACCUAUUCCUCCUUCUCCACCGGUUGCUAUCCCACCUCCAGCUUCAACUUCAUCAGGUAAUAGUGUCACUGGUGCUAUUGCUGGAGGAGUUGCUGCUAGCGCUGCUCUGCUGUUUGCUGCCCCUGCAAUUGUCCUUGCUUGGUGGCGUAAAAGGAAACCAUUGGAUCCUUUCUUUGAUGUACCUGCUGAGGAGGAUCCAGAAGUUCAUUUGGGACAACUUAAAAGGUUUUCUUUGCGUGAACUCCAAGUGGCAACUGAUUAUUUUAGCAACAAAGCCAUUCUGGGUAGAGGUGGUUUCGGUAAAGUUUAUAGAGGUCGCUUAACUGAUGGUUCUCUAGUGGCAGUAAAAAGGCUGAAAGAAGAGCGUACCCAAGGUGGAGAGCUGCAGUUCCAAACUGAGGUAGAAAUGAUAAGUAUGGCUGUGCAUCGGAAUUUACUACGACUACGUGGCUUUUGCAUGACCCCUACCGAGCGGCUGCUAGUCUAUCCCUUUAUGGUUAAUGGUAGCGUUGCAUCCUGUUUAAGAGAGCGUUCGGAAUCUCAAUCACCACUUGAUUGGGAUAAAAGGAAACGGAUUGCACUUGGAGCUGCAAGGGGGCUUGCAUAUUUGCACGACCAUUGUGACCCAAAGAUUAUACAUCGCGAUGUGAAGGCCGCAAACAUAUUGUUGGACGAGGAAUUCGAAGCAGUUGUUGGAGACUUUGGGCUGGCCAAACUGAUGGACUACAAAGAUACUCAUGUCACAACUGCUGUUCGUGGCACAAUUGGUCAUAUAGCCCCUGAAUACCUUUCAACUGGAAAGUCAUCAGAGAAAACUGAUGUUUUCGGGUAUGGCGUUAUGCUUCUUGAACUAAUUACUGGACAGAGGGCCUUCGAUCUUGCUAGGCUUGCAAAUGAUGACGAUGUCAUGUUGCUUGAUUGGGUAAAAGGGCUUUUGAAAGACAGGAAGCUGGAAACGCUGGUCGAUUCCGAUCUUGAUAGUAAUUACAUAGAAGAAGAAGUGGAACAGCUAAUCCAGAUAGCUCUUUUAUGCACUCAAGGCUCCCCAAUGGACAGGCCGAAGAUGGCCGAAGUGGUCAGAAUGCUUGAAGGAGACGGCUUGGCUGAAAGAUGGGAAGAGUGGCAGAAGGAGGAAAUGGUCCGCCAAGAGUUUAACCAUACCCACUACCUAAAUUCGAAUUGGAUCAUCGCGGACUCCACAUCUCACAUCCCUCCGGACGAACUGUCCGGUCCUAGAUGACCACUUCUGCAAAUAGUGUAAGUCUUUCGGCACAUCGUUUGCAUAUAGUUUUUCGUUUUCGUUUAUUAUUUCUCAUUUCAGUCCCAUUAAUGAUGUUGUCGGAAUUUAUAUGGUAUCUUGUUUGGAGUUGCUUGUUCGGUUUCUGUAAUUGUUAUAUAGGAGGGUUGCUAAUGUCAACUUCAGUUAAGGAAACAGUAGAUAACACUAGAGAAAAAACACUGGGCAAGAAGGGUUACAGAGAAGCAGCUAUGUUAUUUUCAUGUACUGAAAGAAACGUACGCGAAGUGAAGAUUGUUACAUCAAAUAUAUACAGUAAAAUCAUUUAUUAUAUUCAAGUUUUUCCCAUCA